AGACUGAGGGAUGCAUUCGAGUGAAUUCUGAAAAUGGCGUCGUUUUGGCUGGUCUCUCGCGCUUCGCGUAGGUUUCUGAAACCUUCGCAUUCUUUCUCCCGCACCCUAUUUGCAGUUUCUUCUACUUACCAAUUAACCACCACCUCGAAAAAUCCUAAUCCUAACCCUUAUCCCAACGCAACCUUGUUGGGCCCAUUCACUCAAAGGCACCGUUGGACUCCCAGUUGCGUCGAAUUUGAUCUCAGACACAUCUCCAGCUCGUCUUCAUCUACAGGCGCCAAGAACGACGGAAAUCGGGCCAGCAAUGACGCCAAGGUUGAAGUUGAGGCUUCUUGGAUCGACUUGUAUUUGCCGAGACAAGCUCGCCCUUAUGCGAAGCUCGCUCGCCUCGACAGGCCAAUUGGCACCUGGUUGCUCGCUUGGCCUUGUAUGUGGUCAAUAACAUUGGCUGCAAGCCCAGGACACCUUCCUGAUAUUAAGAUGAUGACACUAUUUGGAUGUGGGGCUCUGCUCUUAAGGGGCGCUGGAUGCACCAUAAACGAUCUCCUUGACCGGGAUAUUGAUACCAUGGUAGAACGUACAAAGUUGCGGCCAGUUGCAAGUGGUCUUUUGACACCUUUUAAGGGGCUUUGUUUUCUUGGAUUUCAAUUGCUUUUGGGUCUUGGAAUUCUCCUUCAACUGAAUAAUUAUAGCCGCAUUUUGGGGGCUUCAUCGUUGUUGCUAGUUUUCUCGUAUCCUCUUAUGAAAAGGUUGACAUUCUGGGUAAUCAAACCUCUGCCUCAAGCCUAUCUAGGUUUGACCUUUAAUUGGGGAGCUUUAUUAGGAUGGGCUGCAGUUAAAGGAAGCAUUGAUCCAGCCAUAGUGCUCCCAUUGUACCUUUCUGGAGUUUGCUGGACACUUGUGUAUGAUACGAUAUAUGCACAUCAGGAUAAGGAAGAUGAUCUGAAAGUAGGUGUUAAGUCUACAGCAUUGAGAUUUGGUGAUUCAACUAAGGAGUGGAUUACUGGGUUUGGAAUUAUGUGCAUCAGCAGUCUUGCCGUCAGUGGAUAUAAUGCUGAAAUUGGUUUUGUUGCCUCCUUUAUUUUCAUAUUCUAUUUGUUUUAUUUUUCUAAUUUUUUCUUUUACCGUUAUUGGAACUUCAAUCCAAUUAUUUUUACUUAUGCCGCAUACUCACACCAAUCUUUCAACCACGGAGCAGGGUGGCCAUACUAUGCAUUUUUGGCGGCUGCAUCUGGACAAUUAGCUUGGCAGAUUUGGACUGCCGACCUUUCAUCCCGGGUUGAUUGCAACAGAAAAUUUGUGUCGAACAAGUGGUUUGGUGCUAUUAUUUUCAGUGGAAUCCUAUUUGGAAAACUUUCAUCAUAGGGAAUUUUUGAAGGUGGAAUUUUUGAGGAAAUUCCCUGAUUAAAUAAGUGGAGGCUGCAAGACGGUUGAUAUGCUGCACCCGAAGUACAACAAUGAAGGAUAUGAAUAUUGUCUUUACUAUUUGUGGUGGAGAGAUAAGUAUACUUUAAAAUAGACCCCUUUUUUGUAGGGGCAGAACAAUUUUGACUAACAUAGGCGUCAAUGUUGUAACAUUCUUUAUGGGUGAUAUUGUUGUAAGACCGUUAUUU